ACGUUAUCGUAAGAGAGCACCCGCCUAGAAGUAGCCUACAGACUUGUCAGGUUCCACCUGCCUGGUAUUAGUAUACUCUGCUGCUAAAGAGUCGCGUUCGCGCCCUCAAGCUACUCUCUAUUUCAUCUACCAUUGCAAUUUCUCUUUACUUGUUAUUAUUAUUAGUAUUAGUACUAUUGUUAUUGUUGUUGUUUUUACGGUAAACGUUGAGGUGAUUCUUGUUGAUAAGUUGGUGGUUUUGCGUUUUAAUAAACAAGUGUAUUGUGGUUGAUUAAGGAUGUAAGAGAAAAAUGGAGCAACAAUUAAGCAACAAAAAGAUGAUAACCAAAGAGCAAGUGAGAUUAAAAAAAUGACAGUGAAAAAAAAUGUAAACAAUCGGUUUUUUCGCUGAGAACAAGAGUAGAAAGCCUGAGAAUAAAAAUAAUAAAAGCUAGUAUUAAAUAACGAAAGUAAAGACGAAUAUAAAGUAUUUCACGGAACCGGCCCAUAAUGUCUUUCUUCAGUUGGGCUAAGAGCGGACGAGAAAACGCAGAGCACUCGGGACGCAAUUUACAAGAUGGCCUCUUCCAAAUAGCCUCCCAAGCUUGUCACAUACUUGUGCAGGUUAACAAUACUCACAACGUCAGCUACGGAGGCAGUAACACCGUGACCAAUGUGGCUUACUCAAAGUACCCAUCAAGCUCACGCGUUCCAUCAACCGGGAGUUCGCCAAUGAGUGCAUCGGGCUCCGGUAAAUCGUAUCCAUCAACCAGCAGUAAUUCGCACCAGCACUUAGAGACUCCCAGACGAGCCAAGGACCAAGAUGUCGUUGUUCUAUUGCCCAGUCGUAAAAGCCGGACUCCCAGGGUGAAGCACAAGCUCUCGACUGUAUCAGAAAAUGCAAAGCUUGAAACAGUAUCAGUUGACGAUGACUACGAUACUUGGGAUCAAACUGGUUUCAUGCUGAGAAGUGAUAUUGGUGACCACCUUACGCACUCAAAGUGGGGAGCGCAAGGCUGGUGCCGCCCGAGCUGUAUCCCCAUCAGCAUAAUCCUGAUCCUGAUAGUCCUGGUAGUUUUGCUGCCUUUGCUGGACCACGCCGAGCACAAACACUUGAGCAAUUCGAGUAUUUACGGAAAUGAAUCUGAGUACAUCUGCAAGGACAGCUGCCGUAUUUCGCUGGUCGAAUCAAUACCCAUCGGGGUGAUUUACGACAAUAAUUCAGUGGUCCACCGGAGCACUUAUUCCACUUGGAUUGAGCUCAUUCAGUCCGCUCAAUAUACUAUUGAAAUUGCGUCAUUAUACUGGACUAUGACCAGACAAGAUGUUUAUCCUGACGAUAGUGCCCGAGAGGGUGAAGACGUCUUCGAAGCGUUAGUUUCCGCUGGACGAGAUAGAAAUAUCGUAAUAAAAGUGGCCCAGAACGCGCCCUCCCAACUGAGCCCCAACUUUGACACUGAGUACUUAUCAAAAAAAGCCAACGCCGAAGUUAGAAGUCUAAAUUUCGCGGCUUUUUUCGGCGGCGGAGUAUUACACACCAAAUUAUGGCUGAUAGAUCGUACACAUGUCUACGUCGGGUCAGCGAACAUGGACUGGAGAUCCUUAACCCAAGUUAAAGAACUGGGCAUCCUUAUCCAAAAUUGCACAUGUUUGGCGAAUGAUUUUGCCAAAAUAUUUGAGGUUUACUGGCAGCUGGGUAAAGACGGAAGAGUUCCGGCGUCCUGGCCGAAUUCCGUCAGUACAAAAAUAAAUAUCACCAACCCAGUGAAUUUAACUAUGGAGGGCAAUAAUUACAGAGGAUUUAUCACGAGUUCUCCGGCGCCCCUGUCUCCCAAGGGCAGAUCCAACGAUAUCGACGGGAUUCUGCACUGUAUAGAAAAAGCUGAAAAAUUUAUUUAUAUAUCUGUGAUGGAUUACGCUCCUCUGACCGUCUACUCACCGAAAGUAAAGUACUGGCCGGUAAUAGACAACGCAUUGAGGUCGACGGCCAUAGACAGUCGGAUCAGGAUAAGAUUGUUGAUCUCCUGGUGGAAACAUUCGCGUAAAUCCGAGGGUAAUUUCCUGGCUUCCUUGAUGGAUCUUACCAAUAGUUACAAGAAUGUCAGGAUCGAAAUCAGGCGCUUUGUUGUACCGACUAAUGAAGAGUUUGAUAAAAUUCCCUUUGGCAGGGUUAAUCAUAAUAAAUAUAUGGUCACUGAUUCGGCGGCUUAUAUUGGGACCAGUAAUUGGUACGGAGAUUAUUUUAUAGAUACUGCUGGUAUCGGAUUAAUAUUAGAAGACGCCGAUCACAAAAACAACGAAAGCAUUCGCCAACAACUAGAAGACGUAUUUCUCCGCGACUGGAACUCUCCUUACUCAUACCCUCUGAAUACGACUCCAACAGCAAGUCGAAUUCGUUCAGCGGUUAAAAACAAAAUGAAUUACUUCCUACCGUACUAUCACCACCACAUACACGCGUAACUUAAUUUAAGUUAACAAAGUGUGUAAAUUUUAAAUUAAAAAUGACACUGAAGUUAGCUGACAGCUGUCAAUUUUUUUUAUUUUUAUAAAAAAUC